AUGAAAACUCUACUCACUCAAAAAUACCCGGCAAUAUUGCUGGGGGUAAUUAUUUUCGCCUCGGUGGUGGGAAUAAACCAGUACCAGUUUGGUCUCUGGAAUCAGUAUAUUUCGCUGCCCUGGCUGUACGACAUGCUCAAUCCGGAGCUUUUUCCCAAUGAGCUCUUGGUGGAGCAACGUGAAAACUCGCCCACCAUUUUUUUACACCUCAUUCAGUUUUUGUUGCCCUUAACGGCUUACAAUAUUCCAUUGCUUUUUUUCGCCCUGUACCUGGUGGCACAUGUAUUCACCAUAAUCGGGUUUUACCGGUUGAGCAUGAGCAUGUUUAAAAACCAGAAAGCCGCCCUUUUUUGCGUGGUAAUGCUAAGCUUUGCCUUUCCGGUUAUAGGCGAUGUUGAGCUGUGGAGCACCUAUUUAAUGGAGCGCACGCUGAGUUAUCCCUUCCUGGUGUUUUCACUGGCGGCACUCUUUCGCAAAAAAUAUUGGACAGCCGUGUUGCAGCAGGCCAUCGCCUUCAAUUUACACCCCCUCUCUACCGUGUAUCUAAUGGCGGGUGCGUGGACAGGCAUGCUCUUUGCCCGCGGCUGGAAGCAUAAAUACCUGAGCUAUGCCGCAGUGUUUUUAACCCUGGCGGCUCCGGUUUUAUACCUCAAACUUAGCGCUGGUGGCAGCCUGGUUACCGGUGAUAUGCAAAACGUGUGGAUGCAGGUAAUGAAGUUGCGCAACGCCCACCACGCCAUGCCUUCGGCCUUCCCGCUGGCCAUUUUGCUGAAAUCGGCCCUGGUGGCCUUGGCUUUUGGCCUGCUUUUGUGGCGCAGCAAACUGCCGCUUUUUCAAGAGCGCUUUUUGAAGGGCUAUGCCCUGGCAACGGUGCUCAUGCUGCUCGUGGGCACGCUGUUUACAGAGUUUUAUCCCCUAAAAUCGAUAUUGCAGUUUCAGUUUUUUCGCUCGUAUCGCUUUUUCAUUCUGCUAACCGUUGUGCUUUUCAGCGGAAUGAUUUUCAGGCAGCCUCGCCCUCUGCAUUUUGCAAUUGCCCCCUUGUUGCUCCUGCAGUACGUUUAUGGAGAACCGGCCAAAUCGGCCGCAGCCAUAGGCAUAAUAGGCCUGGCCUGGUUGGCGCUGAAUUACACAAAAUUUCAGGCCUUCCAAAAAAUUUCAUUGCUGGGAGCGUUUUUGCUAUUGGGAAUUUUGGGAUAUACCCUUCGGGGCGGAAUGGACAUUAAAGAACCGCGGUUUAAAGACGAUUGGAAGGACCUGCAAAAGUGGGUGGCGGCCAAUACCGAUAACGAUGUAAUUGUAAUUGUACCCCCACAGGAACCUGGCUUUAGAGUGCUGAGUCAACGGGCUUCCUAUGGCGACUGGUACGAUGGCACCAAGGCCUUUUUUAGUGAAGAGUACGCCUCGUAUUGGCUCAAUCGAAUGGAAAGCCUGGGCUGCGUUGAUCCCAAAAACCUACGGGAAGAUUAUAUGGAAAAUACCGAGGAGGAUUUCCGCAGAAUUGCACAGCCCCUGCUGGAUACCCACUCAACCGUAUUUGUCGCACAAUACACUCAAAAAGAUUUAGACCUGCCCGUGCACUACAGCAACGGCUCCUACAAGCUUUACGCGGAGAACUAUCUGAAGGCCAUAUACUUUAUUGGCCGGCCGGGCGAUAAACUGGUGAGCACCAAUGCCAUUGCCGAGCGCUUGGAUACCAAGGCCGCCACGGUAACCGAUAUGUUGCGAAAGCUAAGUGAGAAAAAACUCAUCAGUUAUACCCCUUACAAGGGUUCAAAGCUCACCGAUCCGGGCCUGGGGGCGGCUACCGCGGUUUUGCGCAAGCACCGCCUGUGGGAAACCUUUUUGGUACAAAAGCUGGAUUUCGGCUGGGAAGAGGUACACGAGAUUGCCGAGCAACUGGAGCAUAUUCAAUCGGCAAAACUCACCGAAAGGCUGGCCGUAUUUUUGGGCAACCCGCAGUACGACCCUCAUGGCGACCCCAUCCCCAAUGCCGAAGGAGUUUUUCCAAAACGCGAACAGCUCACCCUCAACCAAGUGGAAGAAGGCACCCGGGUAAUGGUGAAAGGCGUAAAAGACACCAGCAAGGAGUUUUUGCGCUACAUCCGCAAAACGGGCAUAGAGCUGGGCAAUGAACUGGAGGCCAAAAAGGAGCAGCCCAGCGUAGUCGUCACCACUAAUAUUUUGGGCAGCGUAACCAGCGACUUGCUGCGGGGCAUAGACAGCAUAAAAGUUGAAAGCUUGAUGGGUCCGGGCGUAGAUCCGCACCUGUAUAAAGCCUCUCAGGGCGAUGUUCAAAAGCUGGCACAGGCCGAUUUGAUUAUUUACAACGGGCUACACCUGGAGGGGAAAAUGAACGAUAUUUUUAGAAAGCUCCGCAAUACGGAAACGCUGGCCGCUGCCGAGGCCAUACCCGAUAGCCUGCUCAUAAAUGCCAGCGAGUACGCCAGCAAUUACGACCCGCACGUGUGGUUUGAUCCAACCCUUUGGAAAUUGGUGGUGGAAGCCAUUGCCAACAAACUGAGCACAACUUUUCCCACCCACCAGGCCAGGAUAAAUCAAAACCGGGAAAAACUGCAGAACUCCAUGGAACAGUUGCAUAUUAACAAUCAAUACAAGCUGGAUAACAUACCUGAUAAACAGCGAGUAUUGAUAACUGCACACGAUGCUUUCAAGUAUUUUGGGCGGGUGUACAAUAUCGAGGUGAAAGGCCUGCAGGGCAUAUCAACAGCCGCUGAAUAUGGCAUUCAGGAUGUGAGUAGAUUGGUGAAUUUUAUAGUGGAGAAUGAAAUCAAGGCGAUCUUUAUAGAGAGCAGUGUACCCAAGCGAUCCGUUGAGGCCGUUAUUCAAGGCGCGCGCGAAAGAGGACACAAUUUAAAGCUGGGUGGCGAGCUCUACUCCGAUGCACUGGGCGGAGCGGGCAGCGGGGCCGAAACCUAUAUCGGAAUGUUCGAAAAAAACGUGGUGCACAACCUUACCGCAAGCUACAAUCGCAAACCGGUGCUGUGGGACAUUGACUUUACUUUGCCACAGGGCAAACUGAUUGGCAUUGUGGGCCCCAAUGGCUCGGGCAAAACCACACUGCUGCGAAACGUUAUGGGUCUAAUGGAGCCCGACAGCGGUUACGUAAAGCUGUUUGGCAAAGAUUUAAAGGAGGUACGCGAACAGGUGAGCUACGUUCCGCAACGAGAAUCAGUAGAUUGGGAUUUUCCCGCCAGCGUGCGCGAUGUGGUGGAAAUGGGUCGCUACCGCAAAAGCAACCUCUUCAAACGGCUUUCAGCUAAAGAUAAGCAAUUGGUGAGCGAGGCCCUGGAACGGGUGGGUAUUUUAGACCUAUCGAACCGGCAAAUAAGUCAACUGAGCGGAGGGCAGCAGCAAAGGGUGUUUAUUGCCCGUGCCCUGGCGCAGCAAGCAGAUCUCUAUUUAAUGGACGAACCCUUUGUUGGGGUUGAUGCCGCUACCGAAGAGGCUAUACUUGCCUUGCUGGCGGAAAUGAAAAACCAGGGGAAAACGGUAAUAAUUAUUCACCACGACCUGCAGACGGCCUAUGAUUAUUUUGAUUGGACCGUUCUGCUCAAUACCCGGCUGGUGGCGGCAGGCCCUCAAAACGAGGUAUUCAGCAAAGAGCUGCUGCAGGAAGCCUACGGGGGGCGCUUAACCGUGCUUUCAAAAAUAGGCACGGUGUUUCUUAGCAUGAGUGCCGCGGUGGUGGGCAGUUUUGCCUUUUUGCGCAAACGCUCAUUGGUGGGCGAUGCCAUUGCCCACGCCAUACUUCCCGGCAUAGCCAUUUCCUUUAUGCUUACACAGAGCAAAAAUCCCGUAAUCCUGUUGGCGGGGGCGCUUAUUAGCGGAUGGAUAGCCAUGUAUUGUAUUGAAAAGAUUCAACAGAAAACCAAAUUGAGCACCGAUGGUGCCAUUGCCAUUGUUUUGAGCGUUUUCUUUGGUAUUGGUAUACUCUUACUUACACACAUUCAGCACUCAGGCGAAGGCUCGCAGUCUGGUUUAGACCAAUUUUUGUUUGGAAAGGCCGCCAGCAUGACGCGCCAGGACUUAAUGGUUUAUUCUAUUGUGGCCCUGUUAUUACUCAUUAUUGUUACCGGCCUGUACAAGGAGCUGAUGCUGUUUAGUUUUAACCCGGAUUUUGCCCAGGCCUCGGGUUUGCCGGUAGGUGUUUUGAAAACCACUUUGAACAGCAUUACUGUCUUGGCAAUAGCCAUUGGAAUUCAGUCGGUUGGAGUAGUGUUAAUGGCCGCUUUGCUCAUUACACCGGCCGCGGCUGCCCGCGCCUGGACCGACAAGCUGCACUGGAUGAUUAUUAUUGCCGCUUUCACGGGGGCCGUUUCGGGCUUGGUGGGUUCGUACGUUAGUUUUUCUGCCCCGGCAAUGCCCACCGGGCCGUGGGUGGUUAUGAGUCUGUCGGUGCUGGCGCUUCUGUCUAUUUUUAUGGCCCCGCAGCGGGGCGUCCUGUCGCGUAUCCUUCGGCAAAAAGCCAACCGCGAUAAAAUACUGGCCGAGAAUCUGCUAAAAACCUUUUAUAAAAUUGGCGAGCAAAAACACAAGUUUCAACCGGUGCUCACCACUCGCCAUUUACAGGCCGAACGCAAUUUUACUGGAACGGAGCUGCGCAAGGGCUACCGGAUUUUAAAGAGGCGGCACUACAUUCUGCCGCAGGGCGAAGGCUAUAAGCUCAGCAGAAACGGCUUGGACGAGGCGCGAAGAGUGGUGCGCCUGCACCGGAUUUGGGAGAUGUACCUCACACAGCGGAUAAUGAGCACCGAAGCGCUGUACAUAAUAGCUACCGGAGCGGUUAUUGCCGCGAGCUGCGCCUUGCUGGGCUCUUACCUGGUUUUGCGUAAAAUGGCCAUGCUGGGCGAUGCCAUUUCACAUUCGGUGUUGCCGGGCAUUGUGCUGGCUUUUUUAAUUUCCGGGAGCCGCGAUAAUAUUCCCAUGCUGAUAGGUGCCGCGGUGCUGGGUGUUUUUACCACGGUAAUGAUAGAGUUGCUGCAUAAAAAAGCCCGCCUGCAGGAAGAUGCUUCCAUCGGCAUUACGUUUACCUGGCUUUUUGCCAUCGGGGUGAUUCUCAUCAGCAGCCUUACCCAACAAGUUGACUUAGACCAAGACUGCGUGUUGUACGGUGAAAUUGCCUACGUACCGCUCGAUUUGUUGUACACCACCGCGGGCACGCCAAUCGCUCCGCGUGCUUUAAUUACCGGCCUGGGCCUGCUCAUACUUGUGCUUGCCUUUGUGGUGGUGGGCUUCCGCGGAAUGAAGAUUAGCACCUUUAAUAGCGAUUACGCCAAAGCGCUGGGCAUUAGUACCGCUUUCUGGCAUUUUAGCUUUAUGGGCCUGGUUUCGCUUACCACGGUAAUUUCCUUCGAAACGGUGGGCGCCAUUCUUAUUGUAGCCCUUUUGGUGGUGCCGGCCGCUACGGCCUAUUUACUUACCCAUAAGCUCAUCAACAUGUUGCUGCUGGCGGUGUUCUUUGGUUGCUUGUCGUCAGUUUUUGGCUAUUUCCUGGCCAACUGGCUCAACGGCAGCAUUGCCGGGGCCAUGGUUAGCGUGUCGGGGCUGUUCUUUUUGGGCGCCUACGCAUGGCAUAGAAUGAGCAAAUAG